AUGAAUACUGUCUUCCACAUCACAAACAUUGUGCUUAUCUGCACCUUCUCAGCAAUUGUUCAACCUGCACCCAUCCAAAAUUGUGGUGGAUAUGAGUUGACCAAACCCUGGAUCGAAGGAUUGGACACACAAGUGCUCAGUAAUGGAGACAAGGUCUCCUCUUUUAGACAACAUCCAGCACACAAGGGGGAUGGUGAAUGUUGUUUUUGUGCAGAUUAUGAUGGUGAUCCCCCCGCUUGUACUUGUUGUGGGAUACCCUGUUGCACCAUAGUAUAA